AUGACGAUCCCCUCCUCCCCCAGCAGCAUCGCCGCCAUCGUGCAGUUCCUGAUGGCGUACCCCAAUAAUCAUGCCAAUUGUUCAGAGCACAGCUUGUCUGACCCAGGUCAGCUUGCUGGGGACAAAGACGACAAUAACAACAACCCUAAUGACCGUAAGCAGGAGCAGGACUCCAUGCAACUCCAGGAGGUGGAGGAAUGGACGAUACCCACCUCCUACGAUGUGGGACUAGAGGCUGAGAAAGCAGCGCACCAUGUACACCAAGAAGAGACUAUAAUUCCACAAGUAGUUGAAGAAGAAGAUGGAACAAUUGCAGACCCAAAGUUUGAUCCUGCACCUGCUGAUUCUGAGCCAGAACUCUCAUCAGAACCCGUGAUUGAGUCAGAGCUGCAAACUGACGCGCAGGUUCAGAACCAGCACAGUGAACAGGAAUCUGUAGUCUUAGAUCCAAGUCCAGAACAGGGUCAUGUAACCAUCGAUACUCCGGAGCUGCUUGUCGACGAGACUGUCGCAAAUCAGCUGCCCCCCAGCUCGGACCCACUCGUACCUGAGGAUGAAGUGGACGACACCCUUACCUCACAGAGUGAUGGCCCCUCUUCUACGAAAGAGGGCGAUAAAGAGGGCCAGCAGUUGGACCAGAUCCUUGAUUCCAGUCUUGAAGGAGUGGAUUCAUCCGUUUCGGGCCACUUGCAACUGCUACAAGAGGAGGAGGAGGAGCAGCAGCAGCAGCAGGAGGGACACGGCGAGGUGCAGCAGGACAACAACGCCUCCUUGCACCAGCAGCAGGUGGGGGAGUCUGUUCCUGGCAGAGAGUCCGAUCCUUCGGUCCCCGGCAAAGAUGACAUCCCGACCUUUGACGAGUGGAAAAAACAAGUCAUGGAGGUGGAGAAGGAGAAAAGUCAAAAUCUCCACACCUCCACCAGCAGCAUCGUCCAACCUGUGAAGAAAGUGCAGAAAAACUUCAAAAAUAACUACGCCUCCGUGGAGUGUGGCGCUAAGAUACUAUCUGCAAACAAUGAGGCCAAGAGCACGUCAGCUAUUCUCAUGGAGAAUAUGGAUCUUUACAUGCUGAAUCCCUGCAGCAACAAAAUCUGGUUUGUGAUUGAGCUCUGUGAGCCCAUUCAAGUUAAGCAGCUGGACAUUGCUAAUUUUGAACUCUUCUCAUCGACACCUAAAGACUUCCUUGUCUCACUAAGUGACAGAUACCCCACCAACAAAUGGGUGAAACUGGGGACAUUCCACGCAAGGGAUGAGCGCAUCAUACAGAGCUUUCCACUGGAUGAACAGCUUUACGCAAAAUAUGUCAAGAUGUUCAUCAAGUACAUCAAGGUUGAGCUGCUUUCCCACUUUGGCUCCGAACACUUCUGUCCUCUCAGUCUCUUCAGGGUGUUUGGUACAAGCAUGGUGGAGGAAUAUGAGGAGAUAUCAGAUUCUCAGUAUCCUUCUGAAAGGCUGGAGUACCUGGAUGAAGAUUUCGACUAUCCACCUGGCUUUCAACCAUCAGAUGACAAGGCGUCUAAAAACUUGCUUGGCUCGGCAACCAAUGCCAUCCUCAACAUGGUCAACAACAUAGCAGCUAAUGUGCUAGGUGGGAAACCUGAGCUGGAGGGCCAAGCAGGGAUUCCAGGUAACGUGACGGAAGAACUGUUGACCAACAAGGAGAGUGUACAUGCCACGAAUGCUACACCAGUGGAAACGCCUCAAGACUCGACACUAGAGACACCCGUAAAAUUAGAAGAUGACACGGACCCUCAGAAUGCUGCUGUUUCUUCUACAUCCACCCCAUCCCUCGAACCCAACAUGGACAGACAGAUUGUUACCCUGGUGGAAGAGGAAGAUGAGGACGAAGAACCUCGACAGUCUACUGUCACCUUGUUGGAGGAAGAGGAAGAGGAGAAAAGUGAUGAAAUGGUGGCUAGGGAGACCUCUAUGUACUGUCCUUUCUUGGCUUCAGUGUCCUGCCUCGCCACACUACCGGAAUUGCUUCACCGCUGGUGCGCCGUCGUGUUAGCUGAGGAGAGACUCCGUAAACUUCACACUCAGACAAGCCCUGUUGUAAAGACCCCGAUAUCCAAACCUCCACAGAUCCCCAAUCCCACACCGACACCUACACAGGAUGUCCUUCCCCUCACUGAAAAAACACCAGAGCCCGAGGCACCGCUUCCAGACCAAAACGAGGGUGGACAACAAAGCGAUCUCCCACUCACACCGCACACUCCACCGCUUGACCUGCAGCUGGAGCCUAGUAGGACGUCCACCCUUUUCCCGCACAGCUUCUCGGAUAUCCACAGUUCCCUGACUCCCACCCACCAGGACCUACUAUUGCCCCCCAUCAAGGAUGCUGCCCUGAACCCUGUCUCCACUCCUCCCCUCCAGGCUGCCCCUCUGCCCGACACGCAGCAGUUGAGCGCCACUCCUCCUGCCUCAGUGCCGAGCCCCUCACCACAACUUCCCACCCAGAAGAUGGAUGCUCCUGACACUGCUCUCCCCACCCCAAAAGAACAGGAUCUUCCCACUGCGUCACGACCCGAAGACCUCAUCAUCCCACCCACUGAGCAACUGACCACUCCUCCCGUAAUGGACCCUAACGCAGUUGGGGACCUGCAGAAACCUAACAUAAAUUUAGAAGAACACGUGGACCCUCAAGGAGGAGAACCUCAUCGGGUGGACACCGCAGAGGAUGAACUAUUAAACGGCACCGCGCACCGGGCGGCCACCGAUUUCUACGCCGAGUUGCAGAAUGGCGUGGACUACAACAACGGUGUCCCAACAAGCGGCAGCAGUGCAACGUCCAACGGGGCAGCCGUACACGGCUCCAGCCAGAAAGAGAGCGUCUUCAUGAGGCUUAAUAACCGAAUCAAAGCCCUGGAGAUGAACAUGAGUCUAUCUGGUAGAUACCUGGAGGAGCUUAGCCAGAGAUACCGCAAACAGAUGGAGGAGAUGCAGAGAGCGUUCAACAAGACUAUCAUCAAGUUGCAGAACACCUCACGCAUCGCUGAGAAGCAGGACCAGAAGCAACAAGACUCCAUCCAGGCUCUUCAGACUCAGCUGGGGAACCUCACUAAACUGAUGCUCAAUCUCACAGACACUGUCACACAACUUCAGAAAGAGGUAUCAGACCGUCAGUGCUACCUGGUCUUUUCUUUGGUCUUGUGCCUGUCCCUGGGCCUGCUGGUGUGCGUGCAGUGCUGCCGCAGCUCCUGCACCGCUGCCAGGGCUGACGUGACUGCCGGCGCCUUGGUAGUGCCGCCCAAAAGCAACAACUACCCAAGUCCUAAGAGAUGCUUCUCCUCCUACGACGACAUGAGCCUGAAGCGCAGGGUCACGUGUCCGCUCGUGCGCUCAAAGUCCUUCCACCUGUCAUCUUCUACAGAAGUAGGUCCAGAUGACUUGUAUAUUGUAGAGCCGCUAAGGUUUUCUCCAGAGAAAAAGAAAAAACGCUGUAAAUCAAAGUCUUUGGACAAAGUAGAAACGCUGAAGCCGUCUGGCCCCUUAGUGCCCCUCACUAAUGGGGACAUCAAAUGCAACGGCUUCCAUGCAAGCCCCCACCUUUCGCUCCCAGUCUUUGGGCUUCCCCCUGCCCUGCCACCACUGCCUCCGCCCCCUACUACUACUUCAUCUGCCCCUGUGGAAACCACAUCAUUGCCCCGCUACUCCUCAAAGGAGCCCGUCUCAGAGACACCUAGCUCCAGCUCGUCAACCCACUCCGAGGAUUCAUUCACCGUGCGCUUGCCGCCUCCUUCGCCCGCCUUCUCCUACGCCGAGCUGCCCCCAACGACGUCCCUUCAGUCAGCGCGUCCGCCGUCCAAGUCCCGGCAAGAGAGGCGCUCCACCAAGCGACGAAAGUCACGGCACGCCGAGCUAGCGGACAAUCGCGCGGCUUCGCUGUCCGGCCUGCAACACCUCAUGAAGAGCAGCAAAGAACUCAGCAUCGGCACCAUCCAGGUGACCGCGUUCAGCGGGCAAGUCUGA